GCCAAUGACCAAUAACAGAAUUGAUCAGAAAAAAUAGACAGCUUAUUAUGGGUUUCUAGCAAACGUUAUUGGCAAUCUAUCGUCGACUGAUCUAUUUUCAGAUCUGUAGGUAAUUUUAUUUUGUAUAUAACAACGGAUUUCGUGUGCUCUGCCCCAUUAAACGGAGCGGCAGUCAUGUUGAGCGAAGACAGUUUGCGAACCAUCCAGUCCGGUUCUGAAGCAGAUCUUACCAAAGUGCUUGAAGCAUUUAAUUCAGAGAAUGCCCAGACAUUCAGCUUCCCUAAUGUAACAACUGACUUCAAACAGAAAUGCGUGCAGACAAUCACAGGUCGCCUGAAGGGGGCACUGUCGUCCAAGUGUCAGAUUCUGUGCCUGCAGGCUCUUAGGAUCUACAGUCGUGAGAAGGAAAGGAUGGAGGUACUGACGUCGGAUGAAACCCUGGAGCUCCUGGUCAAGCUGUCCGGGCUGCAGUACUACGCAGAAGAGGAAGGGGAGGGUGUCACUAUCCAAGAUGGAGACCAAGAUGUGAUGGUUGAAAGCCAGAAAUGCCUGUGCAAUCUCAUCUUCAACAGUACAGUUGCUCAAAGAUACUGCAGUGAAAAGGGAUGCAUCGUUGGCUUGGUGCAGAGAUUGAAAACAUACGGUGACCCUGACCUCAACUAUGAGAUAAAGUUCUUUGACAUGAGAAUGUUGUUUCUCUUGACUGCCUUGCCAACAUGUAUUCAGACCAGACCAAAGAUCCGGUAUGAACUUCAUGGCUUCACGUAUCUGAUGGAGGUGCUGGACCUCACACUGCGAGCUGCGGAGGAGAAGAGGACAGGGCUUGGUGACCAGGAUGUCGACCUGUGUAGCGAAAUCCUCAAGAUCCUCUUCAACCUCACGGUGGCUGUUGAGAAGAAGUCUGCAGAUGAGGAGGAAGAGGCCCACUUCAUGAGGCUGGUGAGCGUGCUGCGGGAUCUGCUCAUGUGCACCACCAUCUCUAAAGACAAACAGGAGGAACUUCACAGCCACACAGUCAACCUCCUCAUCAACAUCCCCGUAGACUUCUACGAGGAGUUGCUGACCCCGCUCAAUGAGAGUGAUGUGCGUGGUGUCGAGAACAAAGACGUUGAAUAUGAUGGCAAAAACAUGGAGGCUAUCAUUGUCCUCAUUGAAUUUCUCAGUAAAAGGUUGGAUAGGCCAUCCAAGAGUCUUAAGGAGAGCCUGACCCCGAUCCUCCACUGUCUGUGUGAAGCCUGCAGACACAACCGCUCAAUAAGAAAGUUCUGCAGGACAAAGAUACUGCCUCCGCUGCGGGAAGAAGUAAAGAGGCUGCCGGAAGAGGGGGACUCCCUGAGGAACAGAUUGUGUAAACAGUUGACUUCUCCUGUCACAGAAGUUAAAGACUUAGUUGCUCACUUCAUGUUUGUGUUGUGUAAAGAGAAUGUGAAUCGUAUGGUGAAGUACACAGGUUACGGCAACUGUGCUGGGCUGCUGGCGCAGUUCGGUUUGCUCAAGCUGGACCAGGGGAACCCCAAGGGAGACUACUCUAGCGACUCUGAGGACACGGACACAGAGGAGUACUCAGAAUUGAAAGACCAAAUAAACCCUGUGACUGGUCGGUGGGAGGAGUCGAAGCCUGACCCCAUGGAGGGCAUGUCUGAAGAGCAGAAGGAGCAUGAAGCCAUGAAGCUGGUGGAUGCUAUGGACAAGUUACACAGGCAAGGGUUGAUCCAGCCUAGUCGUAUUGGCCCCGACGGCCGCCCCGAGCCUGUGUCCCACAUUCUGGAGUUGGCUGAAUCGGGAGGUGCCACAGCCGCCAAGGAAACAGACUCGGACUGAUUCAGCCAGGAGAUGUAGUUGUUUGUGACUGACCAGAUCAGUGAUUAACCAACCCCUUAGUUCAUUAAUUUGAAACAUUUUUCCCAAUGUUUAAGUGAUAAAUUAUGACAAAAAUAUUUUCAAAAUGGAAGUGAUAAUUUUUCCAAUGACAAAAUGUUACAGGUGUUUUGUUGUUGUUGCUGCAGCUUAUAGGAUAGAUGCAGGAGUUAUUAUAUUACUCCCCUGGUGAUUGUUGCUCUUGAAAAUAACCAAGUUAUGUACCAAAGCCUUCGUAAGUCAUAUCAAUUUAUGAGAAGUGUCUGUGUGGGGAUUGCAAACAAGUGCAGUUAUUGAUUUCUCAAUUUUUGCACUGUUGUAAUUGGCAAUCUUUCGUAUACAAUUAUUUCUACUUGUAAGGAAAAUGCGAUAUUCUUGAAAGCAGUGUUGAUAUUUUAUUGGAGGAACAAUCAAAACAAUUCUUUUAUGCUUAUAUUUGUGUACCUUUUUCUUGUAGUUCUGUCUUGGAUUGUCAGACAGGAUGGAUGUUUUUCGGCGCCAUUUCCAAAAGUUAUACUCCUCCCUUUAGCAUUUACAGAGCACUUAGAUUUAGAGAAAAGCAAACUUGUUAAUGUUCCAUUCACUGUUUCAAAAAAUGAAUUUGCAACUUUUUACAUUUGAUUGAAUAACUGAAUGUUAUAUGGGCAGAAAUAUGAUUUUCUUUCAAGAAGAGGUUAAAUUAUUGUUUUAAUCACAAAAAUAGGAAAAAAUUGAUUGACACAAUUACAAUAAUUGUCACAAUUCUUUUCAAUAUAUUUGUUUAUCAAAACAAGUUUCCUUCAAAAGUUUAUCCCCUGUAAUUGUUUUCUAAAACCUUUGAAGAACACUCAGAUUGUCAUUACGCUUGUCAUUCUGCAAUAAAAGUAAACAACAAUAGAUGUGUCAUGUUAGUAAACUGCAUUUUGAUCUUAGGCCAUCUUUUUUUCACUGAUUCAGUUAUUACAAACCAAACUUAACCAACCUGAUGUAGGAGAACAGUUGUGUUAUGAAGCAAGUAAAUUAAUUGCACAAGAAAUCUAAAUGUACAAGAAAACAUGUUUAGGCCAAUUCUAUCAUGUCUAUAGGGGACUAUAAGGUAGUCCAGUGGCUAAAGCAUUCACUCAUCACGCUGAAGAUCUGGGUUUGGUUCCCAUAAUGGGUAAAAGGUAUGAAGUCCAUUUCUGGUGUCCCCCCCUUCCCCCCCAAGUGCUAGAAUGUUGGUUACCACACUCAUUCAGUCAUUCAUUCUGUUAUAUAUCAUUAUAUAUCACGAGAAUUAACUCUACAAGAAUUGUAAAGCUUCUGGACUAAAAAUCAUAAAGUAUGUUUUGGUACAUGUAUUCACCUUCAUGUUAUAAGAAUCAUUUACAUGAUGAGAAUUGAAUUUCUUUAUCCUAUCUAGUUCAGGGUUUGAAAUUAAGUUUGGUUUACACAAGUUCUAUAAAAUGGCCUAUAAAGUUGCCAUUAACCUAAAGGUAAAAGAGGUAGGCUGCAAGGAAAUCAUUUGUCCUUCCUGAAUUUUCCUUGUCUCACGCUAGUAGACUUUUGUUAAUUUCAAAUCCCGUGUUAUUACAAAUUGUUUCAUGACAAAGUAAGAAUACUGUCUUACAGCUAGGCCUUUCAACUUGUAUUACCAGUAGUUGUUUUUCAUAACUGACCAAUAUGAAAACUGUAAGGCCCAGACUCUUUUCACAAGUAGGUAUUGUCUCAGGAAGGAGGAAGCAAACUAAAGUCUAGCUCUUUGGAUGGCGGGGGCGGUCGGGUAGCCUAGUGGUUAAAGCGUUCGCUCGUCACGCCGUAGACCCAGGUUCGAUUCCCGACAUGGGUACAAUGUGUGAAGCCCAUUUCUGGUGUCCCCCGCCGUGAUAUUGCUGGGAUAUUGCUAAAAGCGGCGUUAAACCAUACUCACUCACUUACUCUUUGGAUGGCGACAAAGCCACUAUCAUUUUCCAACUGAUUUUUCCUAAAACGACUUUAUAAUAGACAAUAGUGACCCUGAUGUUGAACGUUUGCUCAAUAUUUGUGGGUGUAUACGAAGUCGACAGGAUCAGCUGAAAAAAGUGCCAGAUCAUCUACUACUAACACUGAACACAUGUGGUAAGUUAAUUAUAAGAGGUUGAAUGUUUUUCCUAUUUUUUCCCCCACUACAUUGAAUCUUUAGACCCUAAAUGUUUUAAACCAACUAAUAAAAAGUAAAAAGAUUUUGUAACAAAUAGACACACUCUUAGUAAUUAAUGUCCAAUUAGAAUACUUAAUUCCACCCAGGAUUCUGACUCUUCAAUAUCCUCAAUAUCCCAGUCGUCUAAGGCGCCGCCCUGUCGCUGUGCAGAGUUGCCUCCCUUGGGCACUCUAGAAACCUAUGAUCGUGGGUUUGAAUCCCAGUGCCAGAGACAGGUUGAAAUGCAUUGUUGCUGUCAAUGUAACAUCACAGCUACAGAAGAGUAUAAUGUUAGGAGAAUGAUACCCUGAGCAGAGGACACAUCACUCCGCUUGAGUGACACGGACGUUGUAUUAGGCCAGGAUGGCAAGUAUAUGAGAACACAAACUAGUCACUUAGAAAACAAACACCAAUUGUAAUGAAAUAUCUUGGGAGCCUAGUCAUAAAGUGACCUUGGCAGGACUUGCCUCGGAGAAUUUGUGGAUAUGCUAAGAUAAUAUUGUCCAUGUUCCUUAUGCGCCACGAUUCGCUGUGCAGAGUUGCGUCCCUUUGGCACGCCAGAAACCUCACUCACACUCACUCCUUAUGCCCAAGUCAUAUGCUACUCAAAAGUUAGUAUUACAACAGGUAAUAAUAUGUCAUGACAUUAGUAUUACCUGCUAUUCUUUCAUAUUACCAUAGUUAAUCUGUCAUGGCAUGACAUAUUAACUAUAGUACUAUGAAAGAAUCAGGUCUGCGUAAACUUAUUUUGAUUAUACAGUUUUAAGUAUUCCACUUCAUUUCAGUAUAUAUUUUGGGAAGAGACAGAUAUUAUUUCUUAUGUUAAUUUUUUGUCAAUAUGCCAAUAGGCGGGAGGCAAAAUCUUAUUAGACAAUGAUGUCAGGGUUAAUUGGAGGUAAUGUUUUAAAGAAAACCUCUAAAUGUAAACAAAAAGGUGUUUAGGAAGCUUAUCUUCAAAUGAUGCAUCAUGUUGGCGUUGUAUGUCUCUGAGGCCACUGUGACAAGCCCAGAAUAGUUGCUAGAUGUUCAGCUGAAGAUUGUUAGAGCAGAUUGUGUAAUGUACAGAUAUAUAUUUCAGAUACUUUACAUGCUACAAAAGGCUAUGUGCAAUAUAUCAUGUCGACAUAUAUAUGGGACCAUUUAUUCUCAUCAUUUGUUAAGCUUAGUAUGAUCAAAUUCAGGCUUUUUGCUAUUCUUGUGUUCAUGUAUUCCUGAUAACUCAAUAAGCUUGGAAACAACUUUAAAUGAAAUGUUUGCGAGCUAUUAAGUUUGUUCGUAUCUUUUCACCUCAUGUUGUUACAAUGUUUUGUAUUUUGUUUGUUAUUAUUGCUGAAUUAGCUCGUUCUCAUUACGACAUUUAUAACAUGCUUAACAGCAUUGAAUAACUAAUAAUGUACCAGUAUUUCCACUUCGGACCUAUGUUCAUUCAGCAUAUAGAGGAAAAGAUCUCAAGGAAUAGUUCAGGUGAACUAUCACUGCAGAGCUAUUUUGCCUAACAAUUUGUAAUUGGCUUCUUUUUUUUUUAAAUUCAAAACUUGCCAAAUUAUUACACACGUUGUUUCUGCAUCCGAAUGGAAAUUUCUGAAUUUUUAUAAAACAUGUAAUCAUUAUGUCGUUGUACUUCUUUUUCAGCCAUUUUGCAUUCAUAAUAUUUAUACUUACCUAGGGCUGAUGAACAAGUAUUCAUAGCCCUGAUGCUGUAUACCUAUGAUCAGUUUGUGCUGUAGGAGUUAGUGUUCUGUGCACAGCAAUGUUCUGUUGUUCUGGCUACUGUGGUUGUAGUGGUGGUAUAUGUUGAGUGGUUAGAAUAGAUUAUUUGACUUGUGGCUCUUCAUAAUAAUCUUUUGACUGUUUCUGUCAAAGAAUGGAGAAGCACUGAGAAUUUGUUAUUUUGCUAGCCGAGAGAACGUAGCCUUUCUGACUUGUACAGAACUUAGGGAGGUAUAGGAGUGUAGAGGAUGUCCGUCUUAGAGCAAGCUCAUGGCAGAUUUCUUGGCUUCCUGGGAAGUAUAGAACUCAAAGAUGCCUGUUAAGUGAAGACUUUGCAUUUGACAUGUUUAUUGCUAUAGCCAAGACAGGUUAGUACUAGAUAAUAUUGAGUUUGGGGACAUGGGAUGGCCAAGUUCAUUCAGACACUGAAGAAAUCCACCAGACUCAUUUGUCUCCCUUAGUCUUCCCAGGAUCUGCUGAUUGUGAGUUCAAAUCUUAGAUUUGUUCUGAUUGUCGCCCUGUGCUUGUUUAAAUUCCUGUGCUGAAGGCAAAAAUUCGAACCUGUGAACUUCCCCCAUCAACCUUCAGUGAUUAUCCUCACUCAAGAAAAUACAUCCGGGAUCCGCCUUUGUUGUGUCGGUACUUUCAUUUUGUUAAAGUUAAAUCAAUUCAAGGGAAUUAAUUCACUUUGGGGGAAAAAAGUCCAAGACAAUAUGAAAAUGAAUAUGCCUAUAGCACGAUCUUGACAAAAAAUGGUAGAUGUGAAUUAAGAUGAUUCUGUGCGUUAAGGCUACAUUGUCUCUGCUAGUACAUGCUGGUGCUCGUUGUGGAACGUCUGCCUCUCACUGAGCCAAACUGAGUGUCAGUAGCGACCAUUUCCAGUGUUUGUCUCACAAGCAGCACUAUAUCACAUGGAUUAUUGUCGGACAAAAUAAUCCAUUCAGUUAUAAGAAUUAUCAGCCAUGAAAUUUUUGAAAAACAAAUUUGUUAAAACUAGCUCAAUUAUACACAUUAGGAAUGUAUAUCUCGGAUGAAAUAUUUGAGAUAAUUUGAUCAUUUCCUACCUAGAUUUUUGUCAAAUAUGUGUUUCCUUUUAUCACGAUUUGACUGUAAUGUGAUAAUCACAGGCUAAUGGCUGUGUGAUAUGAGAAUCACAGGCUAAUUGCUGUGUGAUAUGAGAAUCACAGGCUAUUGGCUGUGUGAUAUGAGAAUCACAGGCUAAUUGCUGUGUGAUAUGAGAAUCACAGGCUAAUGGCUGUGUGAUAUGAUAUGACAGGCUAAUGGCUGUGUGAUAUGAGGAUCACAGGCUAAUGGCUGUGUGAUAUGAUAUGAUAGGCAAAUGGCUUUGUGAUAUGAGAAUCACAGGCUAAUGGCUGUGUGAUAUGAGAAUCACAGGCUAACUGCUGUGUGAUAUGAUAUGAUAGGCUAAUGGCUGUGUGAUAUGACAGGCACAGGCUACUGGUAUGUGCUAUAAAGAUUACAGAAAAAUGGCUGUGUGAUGAAGUUGUUGCUAUUAUGAGUACUGUAUUGUAAAUAUUGGUAUGAUAUAUAUUUUGACAAGUACCGUGAUGCAUCUCAUCCAAUGCUAUUUAAAGUCGGCACACUUCACAUUAACUAAGUCUAACUUUGCUUUAUAAAUCAGUCCGUGGAGAUCUGCAUCAUUUUCUGAGAAUGAUAUAUACAGUGAAAGCCUGGAAUUUAGAAUUCCUGCUUUCUGAAUAAUAACUUUUCGGGGAUGUAUGUAUGUAACAUAAGCGAUAUUACACUGCACCCUUAAUUUGUUAGUCUGGAGAUGUAUAAGUUUGGAUGAAUUCACCGCCUGGAUGAAGCAGGUUCACUGUGGUUUGUUUUGGGAGGAGCAUUGCUUGACGUAGCACGCUUAGUGCUGCAAUUUGAGACUAGGGCCAUGUUGCAUGGGAACUAUUGAUCAGAGAUUGCAUUGCAGCACUGGUAUCUUGAAUAUCAUUGCUUUACAUAGUCUAAUUGAAAACAAUAUUUGUGAACUUCUGGACCUUGAACAAGGAGUUCAUCAAUAUAUUGUUUUCAGUGAUUCACAUUUUGUGAACUGUUUUGCCAAAUAUUUAUUAGGAGUUGUCUCACCUUGAACAUACUCUCAGCUGGAGAAGUUUUGCUAGUGUAUAUACUGCUCAACUUUUGAUAGGGAAUUGUAUACUGUAGGAAACUUUGAGGACAACUUAUGGAAGGUCAUUUAUGUGUUUAUAUUAAGUUUAAUUUAGAAUAAGAUUGUUUCCGUUCGACAGCAAUAUCAAAUGCGAUUUGUAUGACUACGUCUUGCAAUCAGUCAGAUUGUCCUCACCUGUUUGUUCAGAAUACUUUAAGAAUAGUUGAGUAGUGUAUCAUUUAGAAAACGACAGCAUGAAAAGUGUACCUAUUUUAAAAGCAGUGCAUUAUGUGACCUCUUAUGUGGGGAAGUAUGUUUGAAAAAAGCAGUUGUCAAGAAUAUGUCACAUUUUUCAGAACAAAGAUGCACAAAUUUAAUUUAAAUAGCAAUUAUCAUGAAAUAUCUCACAGAAAACAAAGUUUUCAAACAGAUAUCAGAAUAUCAAUAUUUAGUUUCAUGGUUCACAGAAAUAUUCUGAUUUGAUGUAGUUCAGUACAUGCUGUGAACGUUAUUGACAUUUCAAAUGUACCCAUGUAUGCUAUGUAUUUAAAUAAACUGAUCAUGUUAAUGAACGUCGGAUUUUUCUCAGCUUUAAUCCAAACAACACUUUAUUUCUUGCCAUAAACUUUGUAUAUGUUUAAUGUCACUUUGUAUUCUCUUUUAUCAUAUAUUUAUCAUAUAUACCAAUUUUGUAUGCUACAUUUUGAAAAAACAACUUUUAACUGUUAAAGUCUUUGUUAUACAGUGUACAUGUAUUAAUUUAUGUAAGUUUCUUUACCAGAUAUUGUUUUGUGUAUAUACCUAUAGAUAUGUUUUGUAAGUAUGUUGUACGUUCAGGUUGUUUAUUUUGUCAACAGGGUGAUGAGGAAGAAUGAGUGGAUCACUGAUGUUUACAAUAAACAGAAUUGUUAAACUAUUUGGUAGAGUGAAUGCCAAGCUGGAGAUUGCAAUGAUAAGACAACUACUUCGUAGUAUUCACUUCCUGGCAGUCUGAGUUCGUACAGGGGAUUGUCGGAGCACCUGUAGAAAUAGAAAAAUAUCAUGAAAAGGAAUUUGAAGAGAGCCUUGGAAAUAAAAUUUAGAUAUUUAAAAAAAUAUUAAAGCAACCAUGUAGCCCCUGUAAAAUUCUAUUUGGAACUCUGGCCUUGAAUAAACACUGAUGAGUCCUUAUUGUCACUCUGGCCCAGAAUAAAUACUGAUGACAGUCCUUAUCGCCACUUGUGUCAAGUAUUACUAACAACUAUCAAUGCUCUUGUUUAGCAUAGCUACUGAUAACAUAAUCCUUAUUGGCACUCUGGCCUAGAAUUAAAAAAAACUGGGGCUACAUGGCAUCUGAAAUAACAAAUUGGAAUGAGUUUGAUCUCAUCCAUUCUGCCAAUAAUGAUACUGCCAAAGUCAGUCAUGUUUCAUGGAAGGAGGAUUUCACAGUUUUUGGCUUAAAUAUCAAAUAUGAGAAUUUGAAUAUAUUGUUCAAAAUGUUUAUAUGAAGGUUCUUUGCUCAUUACAUAGUCUUCAAGUAAUCAGUGGCGAGAAUAACAGACAAAACCACCACCGUAACAAAGGAUGUAUUUUUUUGACAGCAUGGGGACUGUCUCAGACACUGUAUUUCGUAGUGAAGUAAAGAGUGAUAAUUAGAAUUUCAUAUCUCUAGUUUUGAUUCAAAUGUAAUUAUUAUUAUUGUAACGAUUGGGUACUUAAGGAGAUGCAGUGUUUGACAGAGUCCCUGUUUUUGGAUUUGAUUUGAGAGGACAGACCAAAGGGUUAUUUAUAUUUUUAACUGGAUGACCAACCAGGAAAUAUAAUCUGUUUGUAAAUCAUUGUUUUACUGUAUUUGUGUUCUUAUGGAUUUAUUAAUUAGCUUUUAUGAGUAGAUAAUAAACAAAGAUAAAAACUUGGAA